UGCACACACGCAGCCACACAGAGACAUGCAAUUUGAAAAUAUUCCAGAGAACGCGUUUUGUAGUCUUGCAGUGCAGCAUCACGUGAAAGAGGCUGCCUGAAGAGCUGGCUGGCACAGGUUUAUUUUGCUGUAAUAUUUUCUUCCACCCCCAGCUCUUCACCCAGUGGAAUGAUAUCCAGAGCAAGUUUUUUGAGACAGGAAGUGAGGAAUGUUUUCACUAUGAGUGAUCUCAGAAGAAGGUGGGUUUGCCGAGAUAGCAGCUGUUUGGUACAAGAGGAGCACAAUAAGUCAGUUUGCAAGGAAUACAGAUGAGAAGGCUCCAGGAGAACAACUCUCAGCACGCUGUGGGGGUUUCUCAGCUACACGUAUGUGAAAGGAGACCCAGUGUCUUUGGAUCGCUGCAAAAGAAUUCCAGUGGAUGCCCCUUCUAUCUUGGUGGAAAACUUGCUUGUCUUUAAUGGAUACUGCUGCUGCUGGUUGAUCUUUGGAGACCCCCCCAGGUCCUUACUAUUUGAGAAGAGGCAGCUACUUAUCCUUCCUCAUCCCCCCAGUGGUGGUACCUUUUCACCACUAACCACCUCCGUGGAAAAAGGAGAUGCCUCUACCUUUUGGAUUAAAAUUGAAACGAACUCGACGUUACACGGUAUCCAGCAAGAGCUGCUUGGUGGCUCGUAUCCAGCUGCUCAACAAUGAAUUUGUGGAGUUCACACUAUCUGUGGAAAGCACGGGCCAGGAAAGUCUGGAAGCCGUGGCUCAGAGGCUUGAAUUGCGGGAGAUUACGUAUUUCAGUUUGUGGUAUUAUAAUAAGCAGAAUCAGCGCAGAUGGGUAGAUUUGGACAAGCCUCUGAAAAAGCAGCUGGACAAAUAUGCCUUGGAGCCAACUGUUUAUUUUGGGGUAGUGUUCUAUGUGCCUACUGUUUCUCAGCUUCAGCAGGAGAUUACCAGGUAUCAGUAUUAUUUGCAAUUAAAGAAAGAUAUCUUGGAGGGCAACAUUCCUUGCACCUUGGAGCAAGCAAUACAUCUGGCUGGUUUAGCUGUUCAAGCUGAUUUUGGAGACUAUGAUCAGUAUGAAUCUCAGGAGUUUCUACAAAGAUUUGCCUUGUUUCCAGUGGUGGACUGGCUACAAGAAGAAAAAAUAUUGGAAGAAGCAACACAGAAAGUUGCCUUGCUACAUCAAAAGUACAGAGGCCUUACUCCUCCUGAUGCAGAAAUGUUGUAUAUGCAAGAAGUAGAGAGAAUGGAGGGCUAUGGUGAAGAGAGCUAUCCUGCAAAGGACAGCCAAGGAAGUGAUAUAUUCAUUGGAGCAUGUCUUGAUGGUAUCUUUGUGAAACACAAAAAUGGUAGGCCUCCUGUUGUGUUUAGGUGGCAUGAUAUUGCCAACAUGUCCCAUAACAAAUCCUUUUUUGCACUAGAGCUGGCAAACAAAGAAGAGACAAUCCAGUUCCAAACUGAAGAUAUGGAAACAGCAAAAUAUGUGUGGAGGAUGUGUGUGGCUAGACACAAAUUUUACAGAUUAAAUAAAUGCAGCCUACAAACCCAGCCCGUUACAGUGAAUCCUGUUAGAAGGCGAUCUUCUUCCAGGAUGUCUUUGCCCAAGCCUCAACCUUAUAUGAUGCCUCCACCACCUCAGCUGCAUUACAAUGGUCAUUAUACAGAACCAUAUGCAUCGUCCCAAGAUAACCUCUUUGUGAGCAGUCAGAAUGGAUACUAUUGUCAUUCUCAGACUAGCUUGGACAGAGCUCCUCAUGACUACAGUGGCCGAAUCCGCAAUGGUAGUGUCUAUAGUGCACAUAGCACAAACUCUUUGAAUAAUCCACAGCAUUACUUGCAGCCGUCCCCCAUGUCUUCUAACCCAAGCAUUACUGGAAGCGAUGUCCUCAGAACUGAUUAUGUCCCAUCGCAUAGACAUAGUGCACUAAUACCACCCUCUUAUCGGCCCACACCGGACUAUGAAACUGUAAUGAGACAGCUCAACAGAGGAAUGAUACAUACAGAUAGGCAAAGCCAUUCAAUGAGAAAUCUUAACAUCAGCAAUUCGUAUGCUUACAGCAGGCCUGAUGCCUUAGUUUACAGUCAACCUGAAAUACGAGAACAUGCUCACUUCACUUCCCCACAGUCUAACCAUUAUCCGUUUAACCUAAAUUACAGUUUUCAUAGCCAACCUCCAUAUCCCUAUCCUGCUGAAAAACGUCCCGUUGUGGGGGCAGUCAGUGUGCCUGAAUUGACAAAUGUUCAGCUCCAGGCUCAGGAUUAUCCAGCACCAAAUAUAAUGAAGACCCAAGUCUAUCGACCGCCUCCCCCAUAUCCAUACCCAAGACCUGCGAAUAGUACUCCAGACCUUUCCCGCCAUCUCUACAUUAGCAGCAGCAAUCCAGAUCUUAUUACAAGACGAGUGCACCAUUCUGUUCAGACCUUUCAGGAAGAUAGCCUGCCUGUUGCACAUUCUCUUCAGGAAGUCAGUGAACCUCUAACAUCGGCACGCCAUGCCCAGCUGCAGAAAAGGAACAGUAUUGAAAUAGCAGGCUUGGCUCCCAGCUUCGAAGGUAUAAGAAUUAAAGAGAGGACCAUGUCAGCAUCUGCAGCAGAUGUAGCUCUUCCAAGGGUUAUCUCAGAAGGGUCACAGCCCAAUAUUCUGAUGGAGAGAACAAAACAAAAAGAAAAUGAGGAAGAAGGCAUGAACUGUGAGCAUAAAAAAACCCUUUCAGAUGCCACUAUGCUAAUUCACAGUAGUGAGGAAGAGGAAGAAUUUGAAGAAGAAAACAAGGCUAGUACAAGCCUGUCACCUCUCCCUGAAGAUCAAACCCAACUUUUGGCCAUUACGAGUGGUUAUUCUCAUGAUUCUGUACUGAACUACCCCUAUAGCUCUGUUGCUUCACCUGCUGGACCUUUGCAUAUUCUUGACCCUAAAUUACAUAUUACAGAGACAGAAAAGAGAAUGAAAGAUAUGAGCCCAAUUCAUUUACUGGUAGAAAGCCAGGUACAAAGAAGAGGGGAAGGACUGCUUACUCCAUCUAUGUCAGAAUCUGAUCUUACAACAUCAGGGAGAUACAGAGUCAGAAAGGAUUCGGUAAAGAAGCGACCUGUGUCUGAUCUUUUGUCUGGGAAGAAAAAUAUUGUAGAAGGCCUUCCCCCACUAGGUGGCAUGAAAAAGAAUAAAACUGAUGCAAAAAAAAUAGGGCCUCUAAAGCUAGCCGCUCUAAAUGGACUAACCUUGACUAGAAUGCCUCUGCCAGACGAGGGAAAGGAGGAAUCAACAAGAGCAACAAAUGACGAACGGUGUAAAGUUCUGGAACAACGAUUAGAACAGGGGAUGGUGUUUACUGAAUAUGAGCGUAUUCAGAAGAAGAGACUUAUAGAUGGCGAGUGCUCAAUAGCUCGACUUCCUGAAAACGCUGAAAGGAAUCGGUUCCAGGACGUCCUUCCUUAUGAUGAUACCAGAGUAGAGCUAGUUCCAACCAAAGAAAAUAACACAGGUUACAUCAAUGCAUCUCAUAUCAAGGUUUCUGUAGGUGGUAUUGAGUGGGAUUACAUUGCUACACAGGGUCCUUUGCAGAAUACAUGUCAAGAUUUCUGGCAGAUGAUCUGGGAACAAGGGAUUGCCAUCAUAGCUAUGGUCACGGCAGAAGAAGAAAGUGGCAGAGAAAAAAGCUUCAGAUAUUGGCCACGUCUUGGCUCAAGGCACAAUACUGUUACAUAUGGGAGGUUUAAGAUUACCACGCGAUUCCGUACUGACUCAGGCUGCUACGCAACUACGGGUUUGAAGAUCAAACACCUUCUCACAGGGCAGGAGAGAACAGUCUGGCAUCUGCAGUAUACCGACUGGCCAGAACAUGGCUGUCCAGAGGAUUUAAAGGGAUUUCUCUCAUAUCUGGAGGAGGUACAAUCAGUGCGACGUCAUACAAACAGCACUGCAGAUCCGAAGAACUCUAAUCCUCCUGUGCUGGUACAUUGCAGUGCAGGCGUAGGGCGAACAGGAGUGGUCAUACUGUCAGAGAUCAUGAUUGCUUGCUUGGAACACAAUGAGAUGCUGGACAUCCCACGAGUGCUGGACAUGUUGAGGCAGCAGAGAAUGAUGAUGGUGCAGACUCUUUCUCAGUACACUUUCGUCUAUGGAGUUCUCAUUCAGUUUCUUAAAAGUUCUAGGCUUAUAUAAUCCCUGCCAUUUCUUAAGGGACACCGUGAGAGUUUACAGAAGUAAAAUUACAGUUGUCCAGGUAGCCUUACCUUUACUGGUGUUUGCUUCAUAUGAUGAGUCACACAGUUACCUUUUAGGACAGGUAUGUUAAAUGCAAGUCAGUGUAACAGUCCUUGCAAAGCAGGAUCUUCGCUGGACUAAAUUCUUCCCAUUUUCAGCUGCAGCUAUAGUAGGGAAUGAUCCUACUCAUUAUAUUUUGUAGUAAUUGCACAUAUUUCUUAGAGCAGUGUUACUCUAGGCAAAAUAAAUAUCUUAUAGAAUGGAAGUGAAUGAUGCAAUUUUACUAACUUUUCCUGAAAGUACUAUGGACUUUUGAAAAAUGAAUUAAGUGUGCAGAAGCUAAAACCUGUAGAUGCACGUGGGGAGAAGAACUUGCUCCUUGAGAAUGUCAAGGUCUUAAGCAGUUUCAUUCUGCUUUCAAUUUUAUAUUUAAAACAAUACAUAUGUGUUUUUUUUUAAGAUGAGCUUUUGGUUUCCUCUGGUUUACUCAGCAGAAUUAGCAGCUCCUAGUUAUAUUAAGAUGUCACUUUCAGCAGUUAUUUUUGUAUUCAUCAUUUUUUUAAUUUUGAAAAAAAACCUGUUUUUAAGCAGCAUAAUGUUUUCAGAGGAAAUGAUUGACAAUGUUUGAACUAACUUUUCAAAAUUUGUGGAGAAAGUAGUAGGGGAAACUGUUGGUGGUUGUGGACUGCCAAAUAAUAGAAUUGGUAAGUGAAAGAUCACGUUAACUGUUGAUAAUUUCCAUUUGAGCUAGAGGCAUGUUUACUUAUUGAGUUGUAGGCAAAAAGCAGGGCAAGAAUGUUACUAUCUACAAGGUUCUUGGAAACAAAUGGAUGAGAGGAAGUACAUAUUCAGUAUUAUUCAUAUAUUUAGAGAAUGGUUUGAUUUUACUGGCUGAAAUCAAAGUGGAUGCAAAUGUUUUAAGCACUUUUUUUGCUCUGUUAUUUAUGUAGUCAAACAUAGAAACUAUAAUCACAUAUAUUGUUUCAUAUGGUAAUAACCCAUUACUAACCUGUUAUUUUAGCAAGAGUCUUUUAAGUUGAUGAAGUGAGAGAACCAAAAUUGGAGUAAGAAGGUGUAUAGUGGUGAAGCGGAAAUGAUCAUGUGAAACACAAUGGUAGAGGUGUGGCAGCUAUGAUUGCUGGUUUACACAGUGCAACGAUGACCAUUGCAAAUUCUAUAUUCACCAUCAUGAAGGCCUUUAAAGCACUGGAAGUGUCUGUAGAAUCUUUUAGGUUAUUUUGUCAGUAGUAAAACAGAUUUUGCUGAUGCUGUGCAGCAUUGUUAUGAAGGAUAUUCAUAGAAGCCGUUUGGGAAUGACUGCAGAAUGUAAAAAUAACACUGGAGGUGUGGGUAUUUUGCUAACUCUGUAGGUGGCAGAGUUGAUGGUUGUGUCAUGGACCUGAAGAUAAGUCCUACCUCUGGUAGUUUCCAUUUUGUCCAUAACUACUGUGAGUCUGGUCGAAUAAUAAGAUCCCUGAAUCCUCCUCUCUCUGCUUUUAAAAUAGAGACAUUGUGAUAUUACUUGCCUUUUCAAGUGGUUUGAGAUGCUGAGUUGUAAUUCCAUAUUCAAAAAUGAGCUAUUUGUUUGUAGAUAUCUGUUUUAAUUUCAAAAAAUCCCUCUGACAGUCAAGUCUGUGUUUAUGUAUCUACCUCCUGUGACACCCACUUAGCGAAAUGGAAUGAGAUUGAAAGUUGUUUUUAUAACUGGUAAAAUAAUGUUUUUCUGUGAGCUGUGACAAGAGUUUGGCAACUAUUAUGAAUAAUUAAAAGCCCCCUCAAAAUAAUAAUUGUCUUCUCAAAACAUUAAUUAAAAAGGCAAUAAAAAGGUUGCUUCAGUUU